AUGCAAGCAUCUAUCGAGAAGCGUAAAAAUGAAAAUGAAAUUUCUAACCUUAUUAACAUAUCCCAAGAGAAACCAGUCAAAAAGCUGUCACGCCAUUCUCACUAUAAUAAAAAACAAAAACUUGAAAAAGAACAAAAUUCGACCUUGUUAGCAGAAUAUAAUAUGUCUAGACCGAUUUUACCAUUAAUAACUAGCAAUAUUAUUUUUGAUCCAGAGCAGACAAGAUUGGCUAAUAUUGAGUUAUCCGAUAUCUCGCCUAAUUUCUUUCUGUUGGUUGAUAAAGAAAUAAUUAAAAUGGAAGAGCAUGGUGAUGCCAAUCCCCAUCCUGAUGAUGCAAAAAAUAAACGUUUAUGGGUCGCUCUUG